AUGAAUAUUGAUUAUUUCCAAGAGGCAUUAGAUUGUCUUAUGUAUUUUGGUACAAAACUAAGUCAAGAACAGAAAUUAUUGAUUGAAAAUUCCCUAAUAACAUUGCAAACGGAAAAUCGUUUUGCCGGAAUUUAUUUCUGGGGGAGAAUCAAUGGAAUAGAAAAGGAUUAUUACAUUGCAUUUGGGUACCUUAGUGACUGCCUGAAAGACAGAAAAUACUUUUACAGCACAGACGGAUAUCAGUGGUAUAUGCUUCCAUUCGUACAAAAUGCAAAGAUUUUUCAGGCAACAAUAUUGUGCCGCGAUCCGUUCAAUGGGGAUCCCAGUUUAAUAAAGUGUGUGAAAUUGGACCCAUCAUUUGAAUGUGAUGCAAAUCAAGUCAUAUCUGCCACUCUACCGGAAGAAAUUAAACUUAAGGAAGAGGAACGUUUAGCAGCUAUUGUUUUUAUCAUAACCGAAGAAUGUGCCAUUUGUCCUCGUGGAGCUCUAUAUAAAUUAACUGAUGGACGUGUUGUUCAGAACCAUAUGUUUCGUGGUUUGAAUGAGUUACAAUGCGAAGAUCUGUCCUACUAUCAACAUUUUCGAUUGCCUCGCAAUUAUUUAAAAGAAAAUUUAUCUAAACGCAGUGAUUACAACUAUCCUAUAGAUUUUCUAGAUUCAAUUGAAAAUUUAGUUCCAAAGGGCUAUUCGUUCUCUAUUAACGUUCAACGAAAUGAACGUAUUGUUGUUAUAAAAUCCAGCUUGUGGCUUGGAAUGACAUUCUUUCACAAAAUCAACUCACGCAAGCAUGGAUUUCUCUAUAUUGGCGAUGGCAAGAAAAAUUAUGAUUUACUUUUUAUGAUUUGAAUUCGUUGAUUGAAAAAUAAAUAAAUAUAAAACGUU